AAGGUCAACUCUCCGAUGCAGGAGGCUCCUCGGGGAACGCGGCCUCCAGUGUGCUCACAACCGAACCGACUCCUCCCGGGUCCACCCGGCGGUGGUGGAGGCCCCGCCCCAUUACCGCAUUUCAUUGGCUCUGGUGACACACCCCCCACACACCCGAGCGUCGGCUCCGGAUUGGUCGAACUGGCUGCUGUUCAGCUUCCACCCGGGGGGCGCGCGGCGAGCGUGACCACGCCUCUUACGUCCGGACGCUCCGAGGCCUCGGGAGGCGCCGUAGUCGCCUCGGAGAAAGAAGGUCGGCCGUCCGGGGACUGCUAUGGUGCUGAGUUUCCUGGCAGAGCCGAGGCGGUCGCGGCCAUGAAGGCGGGUGCCACGUCUAUGUGGGCUUCAUGCUGUGGGCUGCUGAACGAAGUCAUGGGCACCGGAGUCGUCAGGGGCCAGCAGUCAGGAUUUCCAGGAGCCACUGGGCCGUUCCGAUUCACAACAAACUCAGAUUUUUCUGCCUACCCACCAGCAGCUGCGGAAGGGCCUAAUAUAGUCUGCAAAGCCUGUGGACUCGCGUUUUCAGUCUUUAGAAAGAAGCACGUGUGUUGUGACUGCAAGAAGGAUUUCUGCUCCGUCUGCUCCAUCUCCCAAGAAAACCACCGUCGCUGCUCCACCUGCCACUUGCUACAAGAGACCGCCUUUCAGCGGCCGCAGCUAAUGCGCCUGAAGGUGAAGGACCUGCGGCAGUACCUCAUCCUGCGCAACAUCCCCACCGACACGUGUCGCGAGAAGGAAGACCUGGUGGACCUGGUGCUGUGCCACCAUGGACUGGGCUCUGAGGAUGACCCAGACACCAGCAGCCUCAACUCUUCUCGCUCCCAGACGUCCAGCUUUUUUACCGAGUCCCUGUUUUCACACUAUACAGCCCCCUCCACCACCGAGUCCUUUCUGGGAGAGCUUGCAGGCAGAGGCCACACCUCCAGGUCUGGAGCCCUGGCACAGGCACAGAGUGAGGCGGCAGCAAACACGGAAGAUGACGAUGAUGAGGACGAUGACGAGGAGGAGGAGGAGGAGGAGGAGGAGGAGGACGAGGACGAAGAGAACUUGGAGGAGCAGACAUCUGGGCUCUCCCAGAAGAGGGCGAGAGCCUCGCUGUCCGACCUGUCCAGCCUGGAGGAGGUGGAGGGCAUGAGCGUGCGCCAGCUCAAGGAGAUCCUGGCCCGGAACUUCGUCAACUACUCUGGCUGCUGCGAGAAGUGGGAGCUGGUGGAGAAGGUCAACAGGCUGUAUAAGGAGAAUGAGGAGAACCAGAAGUCAUGUAGGUGCCCUGCUUCCCUCCAGCAGCUGCCUCGGCUCCUACACCGAGCUUUUGCCACAGUCGAGGCAGAUUUAUUUUUGAGAAAACCACAUAACUUUUCAAUGGUGAGCGGCUGCAGCUGCAGGAUGAUGAGGACGACAGCCUGUGCCGCAUCUGCAUGGACGCUGUCAUCGACUGCGUCCUGCUCGAGUGUGGGCACAUGGUCACCUGCACCAAGUGUGGCAAGCGCAUGAGCGAGUGUCCCAUCUGCCGGCAGUACGUGGUGCGGGCUGUGCACGUGUUCAAGUCCUGAGACCUUGCCUGCCUGGCUCAAUCCCAACAUGUCGAUGCACAGAGUGAUUGGAAACUCACUGUUCAUAGGCAGAAGCUAUUUUUAAAAAUUAUUUUCAUUACGAAUGGGGACAGGCAGGUUCAUCCUAAGUCGAAGACAUACCAAUCCAUGCCGUUUGCCUGUAGACGCUGAGCCGUGUUCUGCUGGGCCUGUCCCUUAUCCCUGGGAACACCGACUGCUCAAGUUGGACUGGUGACCCUGUGGGGUGACCUGUCCUCUGACCCCUCCUUUGUGCAUACUUCCGUUGGCACCAGAUGGGGUGAGCUCACUGUCAUGGCGCUGAUGGAGCACGCGCCACAUGGUGGACCUGCGAUAUUCCCUUUAUUAGUCAUGUAUAUUUUAAAUGCUAACACUUGAUGAAUGUAAGUUUGCACACCAUUGCUAUUCCUGCAUUUCAACCUAAUUGGGAACUGACGUUCUGUAGUCAACUGCCAGAGCCUUAGACUAAACAUGUCCAUUUCUGUUCAGGUACAGCUUUUUAUGGCAAGGGCUGCCUCUAGCUUCUUACGUUCCAAGAGUGUGUGCUGCGUUAUUAAUGUAUGAUCAGUUUACCCUGUUUUGUAGAGUGAAGGUGUAUUUUUUGUGCUACCUGCUAGCUAAUUUCAACUUUGGAAAUAAAAUCUGAUUUAAAAAAUG